CACCCAGAUGACAACUCCCACAUGAAUCUUCAAAUCAAGCCAAACACUCAAUUCACUGCAAAAUUCAGUGUGACACCCCAACAUAAAAUCGGUUAUAAAUUUUACUCCCUUUUCCCCCAAAAUUCCGAAUUAGGGUUUUCUGCAACAACAAAACAAUGAAAGCGUCGGUCAAAUUCCGUGAGGACCAGAAGCCAUUGAUGCGAGCCAAGGUCCCACUCAGCAUCUUGGGCCUCCCCUUCCAGUCCGGCAUCGUCGCCGGCGAGUCCAAGGAGCUCACUCUCAACCUCGGCACCUUCUUCGAAUCCGGGCCGUCCAUCAAGAUCGCGUAUCGUCCCAACGACGCGUGGAACCCUUUCUCCCUCGUCGUUAAGACCGGGACGGGAUCCUUCGGAUCGCCGAUUUCUAGCUCCAUGCUGAUGAGCGCCGAGUUCAAUCUCCUCGGCCGCGGGAGAAACCCUAGCUUCAUGCUCCACUUCAAGCCGCAGUUCGGCGACUUCUCGAUCAAGAAGUCGCAGUCAUCGGUCUUCGAGAAGAUCGUCGGUUCUCAAAACGACUCCGCUGUGGUGAAGACGCCCGUAGUGGAGGCGGAGUUUUCGGGAAAGAAAAUCACGGUUUUGCCAUCGGAGAAUCCGGCGGAUGGAGUUCUCACGGGUGUAUUCUCCGGGAUGGAGGUGGCGGCGAGGACGUCGAUGCCGGUGAGGAACCGGGCUGUGGUGAGUUUGAGGUGGGGGGUUCGGGUUCCCGCGGAGGUGAAGAGAUCUGGGGCGAAUCCGACGGCGGGGAUUGCUUUUCAGAAAAUCCCAUUCUUGGUGAUGAACAAGAUUGGGAUCGAACACGUGGAAGGCGGGGAUUCGAAUGGCAAAACCACAAAGGCAGCGGCGGAGGAUAAGGGGGUUACAUUUCCGGGAAAUGGUGAGGUGGCGGAGGCUUGUUUUAGGGUGAAGCAUCAGCUGGAGGCUUUGCGGACGGAGAACGGGUUGCUGAGGAAAGCCGUGGAGGAUCUGCGCCACGAAAUCGCCGGCACCGCGAAGUCGAUUGCUGAGAGUGAGAUAAAUGGGGGAAGUAGAAAUUCGAGCGGGAAAGUGGAUUGGCGGUCGAACGGGAAUAAGAAGUCGCCGGAGGGCGAUGUGGCGGAGGAACUGAAGAAGGCACUCGGUCACUGAUGGGUGGCUCCGCCGUGCCGGCGCCUGAAUUUGUGGAAAUUUCGAAAUCGUGCUAGUCUUGUAGUGAGCUAUGGACUGAAUAGAAUCAAUGGAUUGUUUAUUGAUUUUGGUAAUUUUGAUUUUUGAUCGAUAUUGUUAGA